GCCAGAGCUGGGGCGGCUGCCCUGAGCGGUCGUGGCUUGCGGUCGCGCUGCUCCGGUGCCGGCCACGUCUGCACGCCGGACCGCAGGCGCUUCCCCGCCGCCCGAGGGCCUCCGGGCCGCCGCAGGCCUGCCACGCCCGGAUGCAUCUUCUACCAGAGUGGAGCAUCUGCCUGGAUCCCACGUGUGCCACAAAGCGUGCCAUGGCCUGGGAGUGCCCUUCAAAGCCGUCCUCGCCUCCUUCAGAGCCAAACCUCGCCCAACAAGCGCACAGUGUCAAGCCCUCAGCCCCCCAAGGAAGAUGGCCCAUCCUGGGCACACACCCUGAGCGGCUGCCUCUCAUUCCUCAGCCAAGCAACAGGGAACUGUUAGCAGCCUGAGGAACGGCAGGCUGGGAGCCUCGGGCACCACCCAGCCUUGCUCCCAGCUCACCUGCAAGAUGUGGACAGCCCUCGUGCUCAUUUGGGUUUCCUCCUGGUCCCUAUCUGAAAGCCACCUGAUAACCCAGCGUCCACUCCUCAACAAGACGCUGGAGAAUUCAGAACAAAACUCAUCCGUGGAAACCAUGACAAGAGUCUUGAAUGAAACGUCUGAAAGAAUGACCUCGGUGACACCUUCUUCCAUCGCAUGGACCAGAGGGACUCGGGGAGGCGACCCCACCUCUCCUGCGGUCACAGCAGGGACAACACACAGGACAGAGGCAGGCACGUCAGCGACGGCAGAAGGGACCCCUGACGGAGCCACCUCCGGGGUGCCCACGCCGCCCGUCCCGGCGUCUGCCUGGCGGACCCCGUCCUCACCCCACACGCGGGCACCUGGCAGCGGCACAUUGUCUGGGCCAGCGACGCGCACGGCCUCCACGCCAGCCACGGGUGCUCCCACAGCUGCUGCGGCCCCGGCGAGCGUAAGCAGUCCCUUGGGCUCGCACAGUCGUCCCGGGCACACCCCCGGCCACGCCACAGCCAGCCCCGCGGUGCCCCUGAGUCCCCAAGCACUUAACGCGUCCACACAGGGCCCCACCGUCCAGGCGCCGAUGCCCCGGACUGCGGCUGACGCCGCAAGUAGGCCUGCGCCCACCCUCCUCAACACAACCCCGGAACCCGGCUCCCCCUCUUCGGCUUCCGCAUCCAUGACAGUGGGGACCACGACCAAGGCCCCCCAGCCGGCUGCCGGCACAGCGCCAGCCCCUGCCCCUCAAACCAGCCCGGCCCCCCCGACACAACCCAGCCCCGUCACAUCCAUGCCGGGGCCUGCCGGGCCAGGCACCGCUCAGACGCCGGAGCAGGGCGCGCCUGAAGCCGCGCCUGGUACUUCUGCCGUGGGGCCGACCCCUGGGAGCCCAGGGGACUCCAAGGUGCCAGCCACAGACUCGUGCCCGCUCAGCACCCAAGGCCGGUACCUGGUGGUCUCCAGCGAGCCCCUGGCCCAGUCCCCAGUGAACAGAAGUUUUCUCCUGGCAGUGCUCUUGCUGGGGGUCACCCUCUUCAUCACAGUCCUGGUUCUGUUUGCCCUGCAGGCCUACGAGAGCUACAAGAAGAAGGGCUACACACAGGUGGAUUAUCUCAUCAACGGCAUGUACGCCGACUCGGAGACGUGAGCCGAGGGCCUGGGGCCGGGUCCUUCCCCUCCUUCCAUGUUGCCUCCGAGGCCAAACCAAGUGCUUCCAGAUUCUUUUGGUGCAAUUUAGGAGACAUGCCAGUUGCUUAAACACAUUUAAUCGCUGUCUGAUUAAUUCCACGAUCACUAAAGAGUUGCUGCUCUUUUCAUAUUUAUUUUUGUAACGAUCACAAGCAGGCAGUGAUUCUGCCGGGGUGGGGUGGGCGGCCCCGGGGUGGGUCCCGACCUGAAUUAAAGCAAUGACCCUUCCGCUCAGACCCCGUCUCCCCGU